AUGUCUUUCCGCCAGACCUUUGACGGCAUUGUCAAUAAGAGCAAAGCAAAAUUAAAAGAGUAUACCGAUCAGCAAUCAUCGUCAUCCCACAGCAACGCACCGCCUCCCGUCCCCUCCUGGAGCAAGCCUCCCCAAGCACCACAACAGCCGCAAUGGUAUCACCCAACUCCUCCCAUUCCCACCGAAACACAUCCCUCCUAUGCCGCCCCUCAACCUCAAACCCAACCCCAGCCAUACUGGCAGCCCAAUUUCGAUCCCUCCCUUCCCGUCAGCGCACAUUUUAUCCAAGAAACCGGCGCCCACGGCUGGGGCAACAAUGAGUCCCAAAACUACACCACAUCCCCAGCAAACAGCUUCUUCACACCCCACAACCAACUGGUCAUCCGUGCCAUUGUUAACACCAAUACUCCGAAUGACAAAUACACGUCCGCGAGAUUGAAUACACACCAAAAGCUCAGCAGGACGAGAGGAUUUCUGACUGCCACUGUGCGCGCCCCAUGUGCGACUGGCAUCUGGCCCGCCUUCUGGCUUCUCCCCGCGGAACCUUUCACAUGGCCGAAUGAUGGCGAGGUGGAUCUUUUCGAAAGCUGGAACGGGGAUUGUGUUAAUCAUUCGUGUUUACACUGGGGGCAUUUCAACGGCGAAGAUUGGAAUAAACACCGAGUAAUCGAGACCGAUGUCCCUUCUAUGCCGGAGAGAGAAGUACAGAUUGGAUUUGCGUGGAUGCAAGAGGAGGAUAGGGAUGGCGCGCCGGGUAAAAUGAUCUGGUAUCUUGAUGGGAAAGUUGUGAUGCGCGGGGAUAUACCAGCGGGCACGAGAAGGUUGAGUGAUUGGAGAGUGAUUAUAAACGUUGCUAUGGGUGGGAAUGUCUGUGCUGGUAAACUGCCGGCUGAUGGUUCGUAUGACUUUGUUGUGAUGGGGUUAAGCAUGUGGGAUUCGCCGUUUGGCGGAUGGGAACAUUUCGAAAGGGAUUGGGGGAGUGCAAGGGAGGGGAAAACGAUGUGA